AUGGCGGCCAACGCGGCUUCGGCAUUGAAUGCGGCUCGUAUUCACUCCGACAUCUCGUCUCUGCGUCAGCAGGCUGCUUACGAAGUGGCUGGAUUACGGCAGGAGGCAGCCAUGAACACUCAGAUGUCCACAGCGGGUCUCCAGAAGGACCUAGUAGUGAUGUCGGAGCGGAUGCGGUCCUUGGAGCAACAGGCAGAAACGUCGAAGCGUGACAUGGUCGAGCUGCGCCGCGCAUAUGCGGAGAAGGCUAAGGAACUGGAUCGCCAGGUAUUUGCCGAACGGGGGACGCUCGUCAGCACCCAGGAGGGAUUAAAGGCCCCAGUGGACCACCUGGAGAGCACCAUGGCGCUCACAACCCAGACGCAGAUGCGCCAGGAGGUGCAGCGGGAAUGCGCCGGCUACGAGCAGCAGCGCGAAAAGUUGGGGAGGACCUUAGCGCGUGUCGAUGCGCUCGAGGCCGCGAACACGCAGGCAAAGAACCUGGAAGGGGUUCUUCGCGACUUGUCCACGGAGGUGACAGCCGGAGGGGCUGAGGGCGGCGGUGAGACGACCGCUCGCUUGAUGGAGGAAAUUACACGUUUGGGCGUCGGAUUGGCUCAGAUCCCGCGGUGCCUCCCACGCAUGCUCCAUGGGUGGGGGGAAGGAGGUAGGUUUAGCCUGCAGCUUCAAGAGAGCGUCUCGAAAAGCGCGUAG